GCAUUAGGUAUAAACAUGUUUGUGCUCAUUUUAUAUCUUGUUUGUACUAAUAGACAUUUAUUAUUCUAAGCACACAGUAUCAAAAAGGAGAAAAAACAUUCCAAGAUCCUAUUUAAAUAUGCUUCUACUAUAAAUUUUAAAUACACUACUAAAUUCUGUAAUAUAUAUUGACAUAGAAAAUUAAUAUUAUUCUAAGUUAUUAGUGUGUAAUCACAGAAUUGUUAAACACUGCUGCAGUAUGGCUUCAGCUUCAAGUACAAGUGCUCGUAGUUUAUUCGUUGAGUCAAAAAUGAGAUUAGCUGAUAGAGUACAAGUUAAUGUAAACAAUAUUGCAUCCCUUGCAAGACAAAUACAGAGAGGUUCAAAAAGUAGUGAGAUGUUGUUGCAUAGUGCAAAAAAUUUUGCACAACAAGAACAUGGAUUAGAAACUGCAGAAAAUAACUUAAAAAAAAUUGCUCUUAUAACAACUCACUUAGAAUAUCAAAUGGAAUCUAUUAAUAGAAGUUCUAUGAUUUUAGAAGAAGUUACUGAACAAGUACGUGCCAUGCAAAGAUAAAUUAUAAUAAAUACUUACCUUAAUUUUAUGAACAGUGUAUAGUUUAUCAUAUACUUUUAAUAGAUUUAUUUAUAUGUUAGUAUUUUAUUUGAUCUUGAUAUUAAUUUUGUAAUUAUAUAAACUUAAUAAUUUCGAAUUACAUGUAAUUAGUUCAUUGUGUAAGAAAUAUUUUAUAGAAUUUAUUUAUUAUUAGUAUAAAUACAUCUAUUACAGUAAUUGACUUUUAAAUUUUAUUCUUUAUGAGAUAUAUUAUUAAAGAUUUCCUUAAAGUAUCUAAAUUCUGUACCUUUUCAUAUUUUUUUUUGACAAAAUAUUUUCAAUUCUGACUUAAAUUUAUGCAUAAUGUAUUCUGCAAAUAUAAAUGCAUGUGUGAGUGUGUAUGUGUAUCCAUAUGCGUAUACGACGAUUUAUGUUUAAUAGUGAAUUGAAAGAUAAAAAAUAAUAAAUAUCUUGUUAAAUUA